GUCUUUGAAGGCGCAAAGUUGUCUAAACGCAUCAAAGCAAAAUGUUCAAAAGCGAUUUGGGCAUCAAAGGUUAUUUCCAUUUACAAAAAUUCACUUUCCGCCGCCUUGGCAUAGAUAUGACGACGAGAGAGGCGCGGGUGACGCAAAUCUGUUUUUUAAUCAUUCAAAUUUUCGCUUUGGCCUCGAUCCUAAUACCAAUAGCGGUCUACAGUUGGCAACACAUAGAUGAUAUUGCCGAGGUGUCCAAUGCAAUGGCGCCGUUCAUGCAGGCUACCAUAUCGCUUUGGAAGGUAUGGCGUGUCAUUUACAGGCGUAAGGAAAUGGCGGAAUUAUGUGAGAAUAUUUAUCUGAUAUCGGCAAAAGCCUCUAAGUUGGAGCUAGCUCAUCUAAUACAGGAGAAUAAUCGCGAGCGUAUUAUGAAUACCGCUUACUACUACUCUGUGCUGAAUACUGGUGUGAUGGCGCUCACAGCACCCGUUGUGGUGAGUUUCAUACAGUAUUUGCGCUUAGGUGAAUUCAGUUAUAUUACGGCGCUCAAGGCAACCUAUCCCAUCGAUUAUGCGCGCCCGUUAAACUACUUUCUUAUAUGGCUUUGGACCGCAGUUGCCAUCUAUGGCGUCAUUUAUGUCUCGGUACCUGUGGAUAGUCUCUACUCUUGGUAUAUACACAACUUAGUGGGAAACUUUAAGAUACUCCAAUCGAAAUUGGUCUCCGCCGAGUCCAUAGCCGAGUCUACAGCUGAUUUGGGUAAACGUCGCGAAUUGAUUUACUAUUGUGUCGCGUAUCAUCAGCGCCUCAUUACGAUGUCCGAGCAAUUGAAUAUCAUUUAUCAGCCAAUUGUUUUUGUGCAAUUUUCACUAAACGGUUUACAGAUCUGUUUUCUAGCCUAUCAGAUUGGCAGCGGCGUUGUGGCCAUGAUGGAUUUACCAUUUCUAUUAUUGUUCCUGAUUUCGGUGGGCAUACAACUGAUGAUCUAUUGCUAUGGUGGUCAGCAUUUGCAGAAUGAGAGCGUGAAUGUUUCGAAGUCUAUUUAUCAAACUAUAAACUCGUCACCAUGGCCGAAUGAACUUCGUAAAGUUCUGUUAAUCUCAUUGAUGCGCGCACAGAAACCCUGCAAAUUGACGGGCAUAUUUUUCGAUGUUGACUUGCCACUCUUUUUAGCGGUUUGGCGCACGGCCGGUUCUUAUGUUACGCUCUUGCGCAGCGUGGAUCAAAAAACCAUGUGAAGAGAGAGUGUUUAAGAAAAAAAA